UUUGCGAUCGUGCUGCGUACGAUGACAUUUUUAUUAUUUUAAUCGGACGAACGAUGUUAAAGAGCUUCAAUUUCAAACAUUCGAGGUGUGAUUACCGACUGAUCCAUCAUCUUAAUAGACUAAGAAGUGGUCAUACGUCACUGAAUGCGAGCCUGAAGAAAUUGAAUAUUAUUAACUCAGACCUGUGUGAGUGUGGAAAGGCGAGCGAAACUGCCAACCAUAUUUUCUGGCAAUGUGAUCUCUUUGCGGAAAGCCGAGCAUACUUGAGCGAGAACUUCGAAAAGCCAGAGAAUUCCCGCCAUAUCACAUCGAACCAAUGAUAUUUAAUUUGAAACGAAGCACAGUGGUGCCAAUAGGAAGGUUCCUGAACUCCAUCGCCCGACUAGUAUAAGCAACCAUAUAGAGAAAAAAAAACUGCGCUGUAAAUGACCGAAUAUGGACAAAGGGUAAAUAGACCGAACAAUAUGUAAAAGACUGCAUGGGAUAAUUGUCCCAAAGUCAAUAAUUUUUUUUGUUAUAUUUUUUUUCAAUAAAAAAAAAAUGUAGUGGCAGCACGUGCCCUCAGUGGGAGAGAGCCAUUCAGGAAGAGAAAAAGAAGAAGACUCGUACCGUGUGCCCUAGACGCGCUGAGGAUAUUGAGGCGUAGAGCAAUACGUAUUAUAUUGAAACGCAGACCUAACCAUCCGCUUACGAGAAACUGUCUCGACGGAUUUGCCACGCAAUGGCGGGGAUGAGAAGCUUUGGGAGCCCACAUUUUGUAACGCUCCGAGCGGGAAUUAUAGUAACUAUUAUUUCGAAUGAUUCAGUUUUGGGCGAGUUCGAAUUGAUAAAGAGUUGAAACUCACCUUGCGAAUUUCUCUCCCAAUAACAAAGAUUUAAUUUUUGAUAAAUAUAUUGACGAAAAUAUGGAUCUUGACUCUUCGGCUGACAACAAUGUUCUCCCUAAUUCUAUUCCGCUUCUAGGUAAGCCUAUCUGACAGUUAAAGGUCUACAAAGUAAUGCUUUUACCUGCCAGAUAAGCUACCUAGCAGUUGGAACAACCCGCCCUUAGUCUCACAAAUCUUUUGAUUCUCACGCGCAGACUCCGUACGCUUCGCUCAUACGCGGACCAAUCACGCUGUUUUUCAUUCUCCCACUCAUUCAAUUCUAGGGUCCCCCCGUGCUCCACCCUACCGCUCCGAACGACAAGUCGUUUGUUUACAUCUGCCCCCGUUGCUGUCAAAAUUUUUGGAUUCCGUAUCACGAUAAUGAAUGCUUGAACAACACGCGCCGCCGGAAAUGUUAGGAACGCAUAGUUCAAAUAUCCGAUAUUGGUAUAUUGAUACCAGUCGAAGAAGAAUCUUUGUUCACGAUAUUCAAUAAAAAAAAGUAUGAUUGACGGAACGGAGCCUGCUAAAUGUCGUCGCAUUAGCGAGCGUGGCGAAAACGAGCCUGAACAAAAUUUCUACGAGUACAUGGUUAUUACGGAAACACUGUUGCGUGAUUUAGAGGAAUGCAAGGGGGAACAAAAGCGUUGUCGAGCAGAAUUGGAAAGGCUUACUCUUGAGACGAAACGUGCCUCCGAACUAGCCCGUGUAUCGUUCUCCCGCGGGAAUGGAGAAAAAUGUCUAGAUAUCGAAAUCAAUGGUGAAUCAUUGGUGAAUCUUAAAAAAAGAAUUUCGAUAUUGGAAAUGGAGAAAGAGACUGUUUAUCAAAUGUGGCAAAUGACUCUGAAAACAAUUGGGACAUUGGAGGAGGAAUUAAAAUGUACUCAGAACGAGGGAAAAGCGACGAAAUACUACGAAGAACAAAUGGAGGGUGCAAAGGAAAUGUAUUCGGAAGCUAUAAAGUCGCUCGAGUCGAAACUCCGUCGAGCGAAAGAUAAUUUUUCCAAGAAUCAGGCUCUUUGGGAAUCCGAUAGAGAAAAAAGGGAGAGCCUGAUGGCCGAAAAAAUGGAGCUUGAAAGAAAAUUGUCAAUGAUUGAGAAAGAAGCGCGUGAAAAGGAAGAAUCGAACGCUCGUCUGAUCGAAAGCUUGAAAUCCAAGGUGGAAUCUUCUCGAAACGAGUUGGAAAAAGUUGCCGAGGAAAAAUUGGAAUUGCAUGAAAAGUUGCAAGAGGCGCGAAGUUUCGCAACGUUAACGAUAGCCAAGAGCGAAGAAUCCAAGAGAAAAGUUGCGGAAGCUUUGGAAAUUGCGGAAACCGCUUUGAAGGAAAAAGAAGUAGCCGUUGAGAGGGAAACCCGAGUUGAGGAGGAAAGGGCUCGUUUGGAGUUGCGUCUUAAGGUGUUGGUUGAGGAGUAUACGACGAGGCUCGAUCGCGAACUCGUAGCGGUUCGCGAGUCUUUCGAGAGAGGCAACAAAAAGUGUGCUCUAGAAAUGAAAGAGCUCAAGAUUGAAUUGCGUGAAAAGGUAACGCUUCUCGACAGGCUCGAGAGAGAAAACAAACUUUUGGAGGAUGAACUAGAAAAAGUUGGUCGCGGCUCGGAGGCAUUUAUUCAAAAGUCCAGCGCGAACGUUCUCGAUUUGGAAGAAAAGUUGAGAGAAGCUCGUACCAAGAUUGAAACGUGCGAGGAAAAUUGUCGGAAAAGAUACGAGGAUAAAAUUCAACAAGGCGAAGAAAGAAUGGCUGAAACGGAGGCAAGAUUAGCGGCUUGUAACGAUCGUUUGAGGCGAAUGCAAUUUUACGGCAACAAAGAACUCGACGAACGUAUCGGAGACGCAAAUGAGAGAACUAAAGAAAUUCUCGAACGAUAUUCCAUCCUUGAGAGACGGUUAGCCCGAACUCUUGACGAAAAAGAAAAUAUCGCUUGCCAAAUGAGAACUCUACGAAAAGAUUAUGAUCGGGAAGUCGCGACGAAAGAUACCGAAAGGCGUUCGUACGAAUUUCGAAUCAGAGAGCUUCAGGAUCAUUUACGAAUAGCUAAUGAUGAGAUCGAAAAGGUCAAUUCUCGUAGCGCAACAUUGAUGAAACAGAUUGAAAACUUGCAACGAAAUAUACUGGAGAAUGAUACCGCCGGUUUGAGCGACCUCGAGAAACGGAUGAACCAAGAAUUAAUAUUGAAGCUGAAGACUUUACAGGAUAAAUUUGAUCAGAGGACCAAAGAGUUGACGCAACACGUAGAGACCCAUCAAAAACUUUGUCGGAGAUGGAAGGACGAAGCGAAAUCCCUUACCGCCAAGUUUCAAACACGAUCCAAAGAAUUUCGUGAUAAAAUCAACAUAUUGCGAAAUGAAAACGAAGAAUUGAAUAAAGAAUUGUUGAUUUCUAGACAACAACUUGCGAAUUGUAGACUCGAAGCGAUUAAUCGAUUUGAUCAGGGAGACGAGAUAACGUGACAAUGUCAAGGAUACGAGUUGCUUGCAUUCGUUCGGCCCAUAUUGCAGGUCGUUGUAAAUAUUAUAGGACAUUUUCUCAAUUGUCAUUUAUCGUGUAAAGAUAAAAAUAAAGAUUUGUAUUUAUCGAUCGA